UCGGUUAAUCGCACUUAAUUCGUCAAAAUGAGCAAGAAAAAGUCCAUCGGAUUUCCGAUGCUAAGUGGUUAUUCGGUCCUGCUUCAGUGUCAGGAACCGAAAGUGUCCAGCAAGUUAACCGAAAUCCUACAGGGAAAACUACGCGCCAUUCGUUCCGUUCCGAAAAUCGAACGUCAGCCCCCGCGAACUCCCGGCAAACCGCGAGAUCCAGCCGAAUCUGAAUCGGUUCCAAUAUCGGGCGAAACGAUACGCGGAGUGAAAGCCAAACUCGGGCUCGUCGAUAUGUGCUUUCCGGAAGCGGGUCCGGUAUCGGGAAGCUUGCAUGAACUGGGUCUGGUCGAGUUUCCGGAAUCCUACCGGCGGCUUAGCGCCAAGGAAAAGUUGGUGCUGCUGUUUGCGGAAAGCUUCCGGCGCCAGUACAAGGAGCAGUUUCGGCACCGGAAGCCACCGAUCCUGGCCCUGGGCAACGAGUGCGGGGUCCAGAAAUUUGUCUGUUCCACCGUGAAACCGGCAAUUUUGCAAUACUCGGAACUGAUCGGUUCCUGGCAGGCGAUUGCCUCGUUUGUGGCCGAUUAUGUGGUGUUCGAACCGCUUCAGGAUCAGAUCAAUAUGUCCGCAUCAAGGGUCCGUAUCAAGGUCCGCAUCCGCAAAAUGAGUGCCAAACUGGAGAAGACCGGAAAAAGGAUCAGCACUAAUGCCGAUCUGAGACGUGGUGUGUCGGCAAAACAAGCCACAAAUCACGACACUGCCGUUCUAAGUAAAACUGUCCCCCCAUGA